CCGCCGCCCCGGCCCGGCAGGAUGAUCAAGCUGUUCUCGCUGAAGCAGCAGAAGAAGGAGGAGGAAUCGGCGGGCGGCACCAAGAGCUCCAGCAAGAAGGCCUCGGCCGCGCAGCUCCGCAUCCAGAAAGACAUCAACGAGCUGAACCUGCCCAAGACGUGCGAGAUCGACUUCUCGGACCAGGACGACCUGCUGCACUUCCGGCUGCUCAUCUGUCCUGACGAGGGUUUUUACAAGGGCGGAAAAUUCGUCUUCAGCUUUAAGGUCAGUGCUGGGGAUUUUGGGGAGCCGAACCCCGAGGACCCCCUGAACAAGGAGGCUGCCGAGGUUCUGCAGAGCAACCGGCGCCUGUUCGAGCAGAACGUGCAGCGCUCGCUGCGGGGCGGAUACGUGGGCGCCACCUACUUCGAGCGCUGCCUCAAGUGACCCCAAAA